ACUGCACUCAAAGGAUAACGUCUGUUUAAUCAGUAUUAGAGAAAACAACACAAACUAUAUUCAGUAAAGGGAAACUUUGCCCCAAGGGUCUUCAGUACCCUUUCCAGCUGAUGGAGGAUGCUAGGAGUUUGACUCUGACUGCUCCUUUCUACUGGUGUAUUCAGUUUGUAUAUAGCAGCGUUUUUACUGCUACAGAAUAGUUUCCAGAUGCAGUGCGCUUAAUUGGACAGACCUACUCUCUGGAGUACUCUCGAUGGAAACAUCUUUCAAUUUAUGAAUAGCAUAUGAAAAGAACCAGCAACCCUCAUGACGUGUUACACUUCAGGAAUACUGAGAUCCCUUCAGCUCUGCAACUCGUUUGUGAAACAUUUACCUAGAUUUUGCAGUCAUAAAAGAUGUUGUGCCACACAGCACAGUUCUCGCCGGCGCGUUGUUAUAACAGGCAUUGGGAUAGUCUCACCUCUGGGUGUUGGUACACAGUUGGUAUGGGAUCGUCUCAUUCAAGGUGCAAGUGGAAUUGGGGCUUUAGAAAGGGAAGAGUAUAAAAAUUUACCUUGCAGAGUUGCUGCCUGUGUUCCAAGAGGACACUCUGAGGGACAGUUUAAUGAGCAAUGCUUUGUUUCCCGCUCAGAAGUUAAAGCUAUGUCAUCUGCCACUAUUAUGGCCCUGGGAGCUGCAGAACAAGCAAUUUCUGAUUCUGGAUGGAAACCAAUAACUGAAGAGGAUCAGGUGUCUACAGGUGUAGCAUUAGGCAUGGGAAUGGUUCCACUUGAUGAUAUUUCUGCUGCUGCCAUGUUGUUACAGUCAAAGGGAUACAACAAAAUCAGCCCCUUCUUUGUCCCCAGGAUUCUUGUGAAUAUGGCAGCAGGUCACAUCAGUAUCAAGUACAAGCUCAAAGGACCAAACCAUGCUGUAUCUACAGCUUGUACCACCGGAGCCCAUGCUGUUGGAGACUCUUAUCGAUUUAUUGCCUAUGGAGAUGCUGAUGUCAUGGUGGCUGGGGGAACAGAAGCCUGUAUCGGGCCCUUAUCUUUAGCUGGAUUUGCUAGAGCUCGGGCACUCAGUACUAGUUUUAAUUUAACUCCAGAUCUGGCAUGCCGCCCUUUUCAUCCUGAGCGAGAAGGCUUUGUAAUGGGAGAAGGGGCUGCUGUGCUUAUUUUAGAGGAAUACACACAUGCGUUGGCCAGGAAUGCCAGGAUUUAUGCAGAAAUUUUGGGCUACGGUUUGUCUGGGGAUGCUUGCCACAUAACUGCACCAAGUUCAGAUGGUGAUGGUGCUUUCAGGUGCAUGAAAGCAGCCAUCAAAAAUUCACAUAUACAAGUCGAGGACAUAACCUACAUCAAUGCUCAUGCUACAUCCACACCUCUUGGAGAUGCAGCUGAAAAUCAAGCAAUUAAAAGACUCUUUGGAGACCAUGCAUAUUCUCUUGCAGUAUCUGCGACAAAAGGGGCAAGUGGGCAUUUGUUAGGUGCAGCGGGGUCUCUUGAAGCUGCAUUCACUGUGCUGGCUUGUUUUCAUGGAAUAUUGCCUCCAACUUUAAACCUUGAUAGGACAGAGCCAGAAUUUGACCUCAAUUAUGUUCCUCUUAAAUCACAAGAAUGGAAAUGCAGAAAUAGGCGAGUAGCUUUGAGCAAUUCAUUUGGCUUUGGUGGAACGAAUGCCUCGCUUUGCUUUGCAAGUAUAUAAAUUCUGUUGUAGUGAACUGGCCUAAUAGAAAUAAUAGCAAAAAAAAAAAGGCUGGUGUGUUUGGACGACAUUAGGUUAUUGCUUUGAAAAUGGUAAAGUAGACAUUGACUUAGUUCAAUAUGCCAUUAAAAUUCCAAUAACUUUCUUUAUUAAAAAAAUUAACUGAGAACACCCCCAGUAUUGAUUUGCCAGUAUAACAGACAUGAAGUAUCCUUUACUGUGCUGAUUUAUCUGUAUUUAAAACUGUAGUGAUUAAUAAUGUAAUAUAUACAAAUUUUAUGGAACUGAGAUACUUGCUAACCUGUGGCUAAUAAAUACUGGCCUGUACAGAAAUGUCUCUUGACAUUUCUUUAAGACGUUUACCCAAUUAGUGCAAAAGUCAAAUACAUCUCAUGGGAUACUCAGAGUGUGGGGUUCAUUUCUAAAUAUAUAAAAAUAGAUAUGAUACAUGUCAAAAUGAGGGAAAGCUGUAAGUCAAAAUAAACUUGUAAAAAAUGAUAAAA